AUGAAGGUGAAACAAGGCGCUGAGAAUAUGAUAAGCAUGUACAGUAGUGGCUCAUCUCGAGAUAAGAAGCUGCUUGCUGAAGCCCAGCAGAUGCUUAGUGAUGCCAAGAUGAAGAUAGAAAUCAUUCGCAUGCAGACAUUAAAAGCUGCACAAGAUGCAAGCGCACGGUCAGAUGGUCAGCAGACUGAGGUGCUUUCACCACGAGAACUGCGAAUUGAAGAAUUGCGGCAUCACAUGAAAAUUGAGGCUGCUGUGAUGGAUGGUGCUAAAAAUGCCAUAAAACUGCUGCAGAAUGGAAAAACUCAGGACAAGAAAGCUUUACAAGAAGCUCAACAAAGUUUACUUGAAUCUAAUCAAAAGUUGGAACUCCUGGAAAUAUCAUUAAACAAGCGUCUAGAUGAGAUGGAGCUCCAUUCUGCUCGUGUACAACUCUUGAAAGCUGAACUGGAGGCAUGUAAACCACAGAGUGCACCAAGAGAUAAACAAACUAGUCUCUUGCUUAAUACAAAUUUCACUAAAGCCGCAGCUCUCACAGGAACCUUGGAGGUCAGCCCUGGUGAGAGCCGCAGCUUACUCCGCAGUGGCAAGAGUAGCAAAGGCAGCAGUAAAACUUACAGUAUCAAAGAUGAGAAUUUAUCCAAUGAUGUAAUGGCAGUUAUGAAACUGGACAAUCAACAUGUUGUCCAAACUCCUUGGAAACCUUGCAGUCAGCAGUGUUGGGACUACAGAACAUCCAUUACUUUGGAUCGGUCACGUGAACUUGAGAUUGCCAUCCAUUGGCGAGAUUGGCGACAAAUGUGUGCAGUGAAAUUUUUACGGUUGGAAGAUUUUCUUGACAACCAACGACAUGGAAUGGCCAUCCACUUAGAGCCAAGGGGCAUAUUAUUUGCAGAGGAUGCGUUAUCAUCAUUUGACUUCCUUCCAGAUGAUCUAGUCACAGAAAAUAGUAGUUCCCAUACAAAUUUGGAAGAUCCAGUAAUUCCUGCUAAAAACAGAAAGACUCCACCAUUGUUAGACACACCAACAGAAGUGAAAACUACACCCCUUCCCCCAGAUUAUAGCAAACAAGAAGUAAAAAUGUCACAUUUCCGCCCUAUCAGUGUAUUGGGAAGAGGACAUUUUGGUAAGCAACAUGUAGUAUUUGUAAUGGAGUAUGCUUGUGGGGGUGAUCUGAUGAUGCAUAUCCACAGUGACGUAUUCACUGAACCGCGGACAGUGUUCUAUGCGGCCUGUGUCGUGCUUGGUCUGCAAUACCUCCAUGAGCAUAACAUAGUGUACAGAGAUCUAAAACUGGACAACCUGCUUCUAGACAGAGAAGGUUAUUUAAAGAUUGCUGAUUUUGGUUUAUGCAAAGAAGGAAUGGGCUUUGGUGACAGAACCACCACGUUCUGUGGCACCCCGGAGUUUUUGGCUCCGGAAGUUUUGACAGAAACAUCCUAUACACGAUGUGUUGACUGGUGGGGUCUAGGGGUCCUCAUCUAUGAAAUGUUGGUUGGAGAGUCACCAUUCCCAGGAGAUGAUGAGGAAGAAGUUUUUGAUAGUAUUGUGAAUGAAGAAGUGAGGUACCCCAAAUUUUUGUCCACAGAAUCCAUAGCCAUCAUGAGAAGGAGUGUCAGUUGGGAUGACCUUCUUAUGAAAAAAGUUAGACCUCCAUUUGUUCCAACUGUGAAACACCCCGAAGAUGUCAGCAACUUUGAUGAAGAAUUCACCUCUGAAAAGGCCAUAUUAACACCCUCCAAAGACAAUCGACCACUGACUUCUGAAGACCAAUUAUUAUUCAAAGAUUUUUCAUUUGUGGCCAAUGUUCUCUCUUCUUUGUCAUCUGAUUCUUCUCUCUCUUCUCCAAAGACCAACUUGCUGGCCAUAUCAUUAAUAUGUACCUGCUGA